UAUUGGGCUACCUGUGUGAAAGCAUCAAAAAAAUACAAGAUGGCGGAGGAAGAGGAAAGUGAUGCUUGGACUGCCCAAAGAGGAGGUUUUUGUCAAAUUAUUUCUGACAUACAGACAAUAGAAGCAUCAAAUAUGGAGCAAGAUGUAUCUGAAGGAAGCCAUGUUAAAUCAGAGCCUCAAAGUCCAGAUGAAUUUUUUAAAAAUUAUGAUGAUGAUAAUGAUUUGGACUCAUCAAGCAAUCCCAAGCAGCAUAGAAGGUUUGCACACAGCGUAGCUGAGCAGAAAAGAAGAGAUGCCAUUAGAAAAGGAUAUGAUGAUUUACAGAGGAUAGUACCAACUUGUCAUCAACAAAAUGGGRCUUCGGGAAACUUGAAGCCCAGCAAGGCUGUAGUUUUGCAGAAAACUAUUGAUUAUAUUGGCUACAUGAUCCAGGAAAGAAAAAAGCAUGAUGAAGAACUAGACAAACUGAAGAAGGAUGUCAUGGCAUUUAGAAUUAUGAAAGCGAAUUAUGAAUCUAUAGCUUUGGCUCAUCAGAACCAGCCUGCUCCUGGACAACAAGCAGUUCCAGAUGAAAUCAAGUUUAAUGUGUUUAAACAGAUCAUGGAAAAACAGUUUGCGACAUUCAACAGCUCUGUGAAUGUCAGAGAUUUUGACAGUCUAUCCUCAGGCACAUUUAAUUGGCUAGAAGAGUACUGCCAACCUCAGUUCUUCACAGAGUCGGCAUUGGGCUUUCUUCGAAAUCUAAGUGAGCAAGGACUCCUGCAGUCUUAGAGUAUGUUACUGGACUACAACCAUGUUUAUUAGACAGGUUAGGUAAUAAUACUUAUAGACAAAUGCUUGAGCUCUCUUUUACUUUUGGCGUUCCAAGGAGUAAUAAUUAGAGAAAAAUAGUGAGGCAAGGCCAUAGAGCUGGUGCUGGGAGCCUGCAUUGCACACGAUGAAAAAGAAGAGGCUAUACAGUUAAGGCACCAUUUUUUAGUUUCAAUGCUUUCACAAAACCAAAGCGAUCAUGAAACAACCCCAAUAGUGUUUGAUUUACAUGGGUUUGUAGCACCAUAUUAUUAUUAUCGUUAAACUUCUUAUUAAAUAAGUGUUAAUAGAGACUAGGGGGGUCAUGGUUUAUGCUGGGGGCGUCAUGGUAUACAUGGGGGCGUCAUGGCUGGGGGCGUCAUUACGAGGGGGCAUCAUGACCGGUCACCAAACCAAACAAAAACAUUUAUCAACAACCAAAAGAACUUAUAGCUAUGGUGAUUUUACUUAGGCUGUGAAAAAAUAGUUAGCAUAAAUACAUAGUAGUAUACACCAAUCCUAUUGUUUUCUUUUAAUAUUGACUAUUAGUCACUAAAUAUAUAAGUUCUUUGUGUCAUAGCCAAGUAAAAUCACUACUGUCAUUUUCAUCUAGACACGAACACCAGACAUCAGUUCUAACGGGAGCCAGAUAGAACACCAGUUUUUACUGGCUCCUAAAACUGGUAUGUUUGUUGGCUUAAACUUUUUUUGAUUUCAAACAAGGCCAACCUUGAAAUUAACAAAUGUUUGAGGUUUUUAGCCGACAAACAUACAAGUUUCAGAAGCCAGUUACAGAACAAUUUGUUUUGAUUUCUUUUGUUUGCAGUUAGAUGUAAAUGACAGUAAUCAGUAUCCAGAUAACAUGGAUUGUAUAAAAAAACCUUAGUGUACAUAUACUUCAUACAUGUUCCAUGGACAAAAUAUGAAUAUUACAUGGCAGUAACUUUGAUUAUACACAAAAAUAGAAACAAAAAGAAACAAAAAAAAACACAAUAAUUUUAAGAAAGUCGCAUUAAAAUGUUCUUUAUUACAUUAA